AUGAACCCCGGUGCCUCCUUGUCUACUUUCAUGGCAGCGUCCUUUCCUCCACCCAUUCCUGGCGCCCAGCACUGGCCCCCCUGGGAGCAGCACCUGCCACCUCUCAUCGCCCCCGCAUUCCCUCCCGGCAGCGGCCUGCUGCUGCCGGCGUUCCCCAGGAUGCCUUUGGUGGCUACUGGUGGCCGUGGCCCCUGUGCCCCCGGGGCUUGCAACUUCACUGUCCGAGUCAGGUCACAAGGGAGGCCAGGGCAGGCCCCCCAGACUCCGACCUUUAUCGUUCCUCAGGGCCCCCUCAACUGGAGCGCUCCAGGGGCCCUCAGCGGGAGUGCUGCAUGUCCUGCACCCAUAUUCUUAGCCACCCCUGCGAUGGAGACCAUUGUGACUGCUCCAGCUGUUGGGGUUACUCAGGCUGGCGAGGGAGGCUGGACCCCAGGCUUUCCUCCUCAAGCUCCACCACCAGCUGCCCAGAUGGCCCCUAACAUUCGCCUGGUGAACUCUGGGCCAUGGCCACACGGCACUUCCAGGGAGGGCAGCCUGGACACCAAGCAGCCCUACGCCUCGCAGGAGGACUGCUCUGACCACCAGAGCGUGGGCAGUCACUUCCGACGGUGGCAGCGCCUCAAGCCACUGGCCCGGAGACACCUUCCCCAGAGUCCUGAUGCGGAAGCUCUUUCCUGCUUUCUCAUCCCAGCGCUUCGAUCCCUGGCCCGCCUGAAGCCCACCAUGACACUGGAGGAGGGACUGUGCAGGGCCGUGCAGGAAUGGCAGCACAUUAGCAACUCUGACCGGAUGAUCUACUACGAGAUGGCGCAAAAGUUCACGGAAUUUGAGGCCGAGGAGGAGAUGCAGGUUCAGCAGUUGCAGUGGAUGCAGUGCGCGCAGGGCCUGCCUCCUCCAGCCCCACCGAAGCUGGAUCCUCGGGGGCCCCCAGCCCCGAAAGUGGGCCUUCAGCCAGCCACCCAGGUUCCCACUGGAGUUGAACGCACAGCCUGUGCUCCCAGGAUGUCCAGCCCCAGGGCCCAGCCCUCCCGCCCGAAGCCACACAGGUCCCAGCGACCCCCGGAGCCCAAGGCACCCGAGGAGAUUCCACCUGAGGCUGUGAGGGAGUAUGUGGACAUCAUGGAGGCGCUGGUGGGGCCCGUCCACUCAGCCACAGGCGACUCAGAUGCAGAAUGGGGAGAGGACGGAAAUGAGCUGCAGCGGGAAGAGGACGGCACCUACUCGGACCCGGAUCUCUUAAGCUACACUGACCAGCUGUGUUCCCAGGAGGACUUUGUCACCAAAGUGGAGGCAGUCAUUCACCCUGGAUUCCUGGCAGAUUUGCUUUCCCCAGACCCACAGCUGGAUCUCUUGGCCCUAGAGAAGGAGCUGGAGCAGGAGGAAGGGCUCACCCCCGAAGAACUGGUGCAGAAACGACUCCUGGCCUUGAAAGAGGACGACGGUGUGCGGGCAGCCCCGAGUCACAGUGCACCCGGAAUGGCCUCAAGUCCUUCUGAGUCCAACACCGGCCAAGGUGCCCAGAGGCACGACCAAGACCCCCAUCUAGGGGGUCAAAGGCGCACUGGCCCUCUACUGAGAUCCAGGGAUGCGUCUGUUCUCAGAAAGGCCUCUCCUCUUCGGGAGGCCCGAGUGCCCAGGGACGGGUCCAGUGAGAACGAGGAGGUGCUCCAAAGCGUCUUCAUCAUAGACUCUCAGCAUAUACUGAGAAGAGGCCUCAGCCCAGCUCCACCAGCUGCUCCCAAGUCGAGGAAGCGGGCUCUGUGUGGACGCCCAGCCGCUGCUGAGAAGCUGCCCAUCCCCGGAGCUGGCCUCGGCGUCUCUGGGAGGCCAGCCUUGGCUCUGGGGCUGGCUCGCCCCUCACAGCUGAGAAAGAGAAAGCGUGACCCGUUUGACACAAAGAAGCGUGGGAAGAGGAGGAAGAAGCACUGCAGCCAGUAG